UGAACACUCUUCUACUUCACUCUUGUGUCACCUUUCCAAUACUUUUUGGCAUAUUUCUUGUACUCUUACCCAUGCAGAGCUCAAGGGAGUGACACAACAUAUGAUCUCCAGUAUGCUGGGAUAUGUUCCCAUGCCAGCUGUUGUGAAACGCAUAAUCUCUGACCCAGCAUACUGUAGUCGGCAGUUUGGGGAACUUAGAGAACUCAUCAAUGGUGUGCUGGAAGCUUACAACUAUGAGGAGGUGCUGUUAAGCUGCACCCUGAAUCUAUUGCACCUAGAAACUCACAAGUCCCACAUAGAGUAUGUGGGAGAUCAGAACAAGGGACACCCUUCAGGGCUGCAACUCCUCUGCUCCUCAUGUGCCCAACCACUCAAGGGCAACUUCAUCUUCUUCAGAUGUGGACACAAGUACCACCGUGAAUGCUGCAAGAAAGACAGGAUGGAUUGGGUCUGUAAGUUCUGUUUCUUCAAAGGAUCACCCAAUGCUUCAGAGUUCUCUCCAGUGAGACAUGAAGGCAGGGGCCCUUCACCAUUGCUGGAUGAAAGUGGUCCCAAUGAUCAAAAGUAUGAGGAAUUCUUGAAUGCAUUACGGCAGAGAAGAAGACUAGACUCGGAUUCCCAGAUGGUGCUAGUCAGUCUCAUGGAUUGCUGCUCUACCAGUACCAGUGGCAGUACCCAAAGUGAUCCUGAUGCUGUGGGCAGUAGUUGGGCUCCUCAUCUUCAGGUUGCUGCUCCAAGGCCCUUCAGAUUCAAAUCUGAGUUCUAGCAUCCCAUGGGUGACAAACUUAUUGAUGAGGACAUUUGUCACAGCUCUCAGUGAAGCAUGGAUUUUUCUACUUUUGAAGCCCAUGGACGCCUUUUUUGCCAGGGUCCUUGUCUCCAUGCCUCCACAUCAAGGGAGCCUCAAAUAUGAUCUCAUAUCUCUUCUUAAUUCUUGACUGUGGAGGAAAUUGUCUUCUCCUGCACUCACAGCUGCAAAUUUUCUUCUUCAAGAAUACAAGUCUAUAUUUUCGCCCAGUAUAGCCCUUGUGAUAUGAUGAUGUUAAAUACUCUGGAUUGAACAUUCCAGCUGCCUGCAUCAGUUUUCGGUAAAACCAAUUCUUCAAUGUCUCCAUAUCAAAAUAGUAGAAGACUUUUGGAAGUCUUCAUCCUUUGCCAUACCUGAGUUUGUAUUUCUCUGAAAUGAAGGGAUCCUGUGAUCCCAAAAUAUACAGAUUGCCAUUAUCACAGUGUUUAUUUCUUAAUGCUAUCCAGAAGUUUGUCAU